GGGUUCGCCUCCCCCUCUAUCGCCAUAUUGGGCACCGAAAAGCCUGCUGUUAUUUUCUUCCUUUUACUACGACGCUGAAGUUGACAGGAGUGGCCGCCGUCGUGAGUGCAUUUUGUUUUGAUGCGCUCCGAAGAGGAGGAAAUCUCUCUCUCUCUCUCUCUCUCUCUCUCUCUCUCUGGUUGUUUUUGUUGUUUGUUUCCGCUCGUAGCCGCUCUGGGGCUUUAAAGUAGCGUCUCUGCUGCGUCGUGGCAUGCGUGCGCUCGGGGCCACUGGGGUUUUGACGCCUGUUGUUUUGAUCCGCGUUGAACCAGGAGGAAAUUGGAUUUUCUGAUUUUCUUCUUUUUUUUUUGCUAUUUCUGGUCUGCAUGCGAUACUUUAAACACUUCUCAAGCUGUAAAAACAACAACAGUAAUGUCUAACGUGCGCCUGUCGAACGGGAGCCCGACCCUGGAGAGGAUGGACGCGACGCGGCUGUCGGAUCAGCCCAAACCGUCCGCUUGCAGGACUCUGUUCGGUCCGGUGGAUCACGAAGAGUUAAAGAGGGAGUUAACGGGCCACCUGAAGGCGAUGGAAGAGGCGGCGGCCGAGACCUGGGGCUUCGACUUUUCCACACACACACCGCGGCCCAACACCAGAUUCAUCUGGAAGCGUGUGGACAGAAAGGACUUACCCAGUUUCUACAGCGCGUCGGAACCGCCUUGCAAAACCGUGUGUCCGUCUGGGAAUAACGGAGUGGACCUAAACGGGAACUGUGGACUAACCGAGGAGAAAGAGGACAGAGCUGACAGGACAGACAAGAGGAAAAGACCUGCGUGUGUCGACUCGUCGUGUCCGACUAAACGCUCGCGCACCUGUUUAGAUGAAACUCCUCACACACCGAAGAAGAAAUGCAGUCCGCCAAGACACACGUAAACAACACAGCGGAGAGCUGAGGAUGUUCUCUCCCUCCUGACGGCUUCAGUGCUUGGCAUAUGAAAAAUUCAUGGAGUGAAGAAUGAUAGGAAAGGAAAAGCUUAUCAGCUGAAAGAGUGGGGAGACUGGACAAGCACUGAAACAAAUGUUCUGGCACUAAAAAAAAAAUUAAAAAAAAAAAAUCAACUGCCUCAAAAGCAGUCUAUGUAGCAGUGUGCAAUUAGGUUUAAUCUCCUUUUUUGCUCAUUAUUUUUUUAUUACUACCUGUGUACAUAUUUUCUUUAUGUAUGUAGCACAUAAUACAUUAUGAUGUUUUUUUUUUUUUUCUCUCUUUUCAGUUUUGGACUAGGUGAAUUCUAAUUGACUUGAAGAGUUGCAAUUUAGGGUUUUCAAAAAAAAGUUUAUUUUCCCAAAAUGCUGUUUGCUCCUUCUUGCUGUGUUUUUUUUUUUUUUUUUUUAAGUCGGACUACCCUAUUUUACACCGAUUUUACAGACUUCCUUUAGUCACUGAACGCCUGCUGGAGUGUCCGUACAUGUUCGAACAGCUGUGCACACACCUACAGUGCUCGGGUGAUACAUGGUACAUAAAUCGCCUGAUCUCAUGUAGAUCGGUGUGGUUUCUCAUCUUUUUGUUUGCGCUCUUCUAAAGAAAACCUCAUACACACAAUAUACUCUGUAGAGAAUGCAGAGAUUAUCUAAAAAUCUUUAGCUUAUUAUUAUUAUUAUUAUAUGCAACUUUAUGCCUCUGAUUUUGAUUAGGACGGCUGACCGAUAACAUUCAGUUCUAGACAAGGUCAAACCACGUAGCAUCAACCAGUAUUAACACCAUGUGAGGCACUUGCUGAAAGACUAGUGUCCCUCAACUUAUUCAUAAAUUAUUCUUUAAUAUGCAUCUUUUUUUGGGGGGGGGGGGAGUGAAAAUUUCUACUGAUGGCCUUAUCUUUUAGUUUUUCUGUUUUGUUACACUUAGUUUGACUCCAGCACUCCCCCACAUUUGGUGUCGUAUCAGAAAUCUCUCUCAGCUGUAUGCACCUACACUCCCAUUUGAUUCUGUGGUUAAUUAUGACACAUAAUUUUAUUUAUAGAAAAAAAAUUCAGCAGACCACACAGCCUGUGUAUUCGUUAAACUUUUGAAGUGUACCUGUGUACAUAACUUUGUUUAAAAAAAAACGAAAAAACAAAAAAAAACUGAGGAAAAUUAAAACUAACUUAUUUAUGUCAAGGGGUUUUGUUUGUUUGUUUUUUAAUCUAAAAGUGUUUGGUCAUGGAUAAAGUCCAAAGUGGCAUUUGGAUUAUUUUUUAAAAUGCUUUUUUUUAAAAAAAUAUAUAUUUUAACAAAUUGUUGCGUGAGGGUGCAAACUGAGCCUGGUUAUAAAAAAAAAAAAAUUAAUAUUACGGUAUGUGCUGUUGUGGUUUUUUUUUUUUUUAAAGUGGUUAAACAAUGUGCUGAAAUCAAUUAAAAAAAGAAUUAAAUUAUAA